UGCGCAUGCUCGCAGAUUUAGCAUUUAGUGUACUGGGAUGUGUGUGUGCUUUAUGAAGGUGUGUUGUCAUCUAGCUAUAUCGGUGUGUAUUUCUUGAAUCCGUGUGUUAGUGUACGCUGAAGCAGAUCAGUAACCGUCCAUGUAUUGCAGAGAAAAGUUGUAACGCUAGCUACCGUAGAGCUAUCGGCGUGCCGCUGGAGGAAACGGACUAUGUCGGCAAAUAAAACAAAGAAAGUCAAAAUGGCUACUAAAUCUUGCCCUGAAUGCGACCAACAGAUACCAGUUGCGUGCAAGUCCUGCCCGUGUGGUUAUGUGUUUAUUAGCAGGAAACUCCUGAAUGCCAAAUUGAAUGAGCGGUCUUCUCCAGCCAUAGCAGACAAGCUGGACUUUAAGCGGAGGAGGACCGAGCGCAUUCGCAGAGAGAGGAUUGACUCUUCUUUAACCAGUGACAUGGAAAACAGGAGAAGAUCCCGGGCCAACAGCCAAUCAGAUCCCAUCCGGAGAGGACGAGGCAGACCAAAAACAGUGGGGCUGAAGAAGCAGGAAGAGGAGAAAGAGAAACAAGAGAAGGAAGUGGAUAUUUAUGCAAGUCUUUCUGAUGAGAAGGCCUUUGUGUUUUCUGUGGCCUUGGCUGAGAUCAACCGCAAGAUCCUGGGUCAAAGACUCAUCCUAUAGAUCAAAGCCUGAAUAACACGCACAAGCACAGAGAACCCAGCACAGAGAACCCAUCAUAGAAAAUAUAGCAAGAGGACGACCAAAGAGGGCAGAACUGGCUGGAGAUGAACUUUGACCUGGAUGACGGAGCAAGGCUCUGAAAACAGCUGAAGCUUCAGACUGACGUAGAGGGUGUUGCCAUUGAAGGAAAUCACAGCUCGUCAGCACCUUGAAUUAUACACCCAGCAUCGAGAUGCAAACACAUGUUUCCUGACUAAAGUGAGGGUAUGGUUUGUAUGUUGUGAGGACGUACGUUGUUGUUCUGUAGAUACAUGCUUCUGUGCAGAAAAACGCACCCAUCCACACCACGCCACGAGAAACUAAAGAAAUACGUCUGUUUGAAAUAAUCAGCUGGGAUAUCAAGUGCACAUCUUCAGCUGACUUUAGCUUCAUGUUAAUGAAGGGACCAAGAUAUUUUGGUACCUGCGUGGUUUCUUAUAAACUGAAGAUGAUGCCUUUUUUAUUGAGACAGGGGCCUAUCAAAAACUAAUAGUCUAGGAUGGAAUAAAACUUUUAUCUUUUUGUUCUGAUUACCAUUAUUUAGUUAUGUUGAGCACGUAGAGCAUCCUUGUUCAAGCUCUCCUAGAGUCAUACAGGAAGUCAGACGAAGAUUUAUGGAAUUGUGAGGUGCGGCUGAUGUAGCGAAUAGAUGUUCUUUUAAAAUCAUUUUUUAUCAAUCUGUCCAUUUUAUUGUAUGCAAUUGUUGGUUAAUCAAUGUUCUGUUUGAUGGGUUUAGCAGAAUCCCAUGUAUCGUUGUAUAUUGUGAUAAUACCACAAUAUAUAUAUAUAUAUAAAUAUAUUAUUACAGCAUUUAUUCAUCUUUAUUAUUUUACAUAGACAUUUUAUGUAAAGACACUAUACAGCCAAGAUAUAGCAGACUGUUGGGAGUCACACAUUCUUCUGUAUCUGAAAAAUGAUCACAUCCCACUUGUUAUCAGAGGGUUUCUGUUACCUCACAAUAAUAAAUAAUAGUUCAAUAAGGUUCUGGAUCUGUAUCUGGACUGUUAAGAUCUCCUUUGUAGUCUCCAGGUUCAGAAAAGUUCUCAUCAACCAAACAUUUCUUUGUUAUGGUAUGCAGAACAUAAUGCUGAUCAAACACCCAAUCAGCCCUUUAAAAGAGAACAGCAAGGAUUGUAACUGCUGAUGUUCUGUAUUCAGAGGAGGUGUGGCUCAUCUCAAACAAGCCUACUGAUAAAGUUUAUCUGAAGGGAUUUGACAGGUUUGUAGUUGACAAAUUAUUCAGUGGCCAAAAGAUAUAUUUAUUACAAGCGAUAACCAACGGCUGCUGUAAAUCUCGCUCAGAAAAUACAGUCGUACAAAGCCAUUUUAGAUAUACUUGAGCUAAAUUACAAUGAAACUUGCAUUCAGAGUAGGUUUAAGGCUUAAUUUCAACUCCUUACAGUCUAAGAUAAACAUCACAUACUGUCCAGUUCUGUGGGUGAAGUCCAGCUCGGGACGUGGAACGAUGAUGCUGCUGAACAGGAAACGUGAUAAAACACCCACCUUCAAUGAAAGCAAGCUUUGGAUGCAUUUUGGAUUUUAAUAUGUCCCAGCUAAGAAGGAGCCUGACAUGACUCAUAAAAUGAUAUUAUUAAAAUAAUAAUAAACAGUGUAUAGUGUUACACAGACAGGAAAAGAAGUGGAACACUCCACACCAAUAUUUGACCUCCAGCCAACUCUGAAUGUGAACAAAAGCUAAACAUUUAGCAUGGAGCUAAUCAUUUCAAAGGAGUUGUGGUUAACCGUUUAGACUGCAUAUACAACAUUUGUUGGAAGAAUGAAUAAAGACAUAGCUGCAUGUCCACAGUUUCAUCAACUUACAAUGACAAAAGAGGACUGUCUCCUCAGAUGUGUUGAGCAGAUGAGCCGCUGCACCAGCAAAAUAUGUUCACGUAUAAUCCCUGAAUUUUUCACACAGGUCAGAAAUCUGUUAUGAUGCUUCUGGCCUGUCCAGGGCCUGCUGUGCAAACUGUUUUAAUCCUCUAAUUUCAAGCAGCAUAAAGUGUGUCUACUGAAUGAAGUCAGACUGAUACAUUUUGAAGUUGGCCACAUACACCCCAUUGUCUUUGUCAAUCUGUUGAUGUCAUUGUCACUGUCAUUUGUUGCUUUUGUCACAAUGAACCCAAAUUGCUGUCUUUGUUGUACUUUGAUCAGACUUUCAAAAUAACAGCCACGGUUGAAAUCUGUCUGUUCAAGCUGUGGCGGUGGUCAGGGGUUAGUAUUGUGUGUCUGCAGGUGCAUGUUCUCCUCCUGCCCCCCACCCCCCCACUGUCCACAGACAUGCAGGUUAGGUUAAAUAACACUCUGCACAUAGGUGUGAAUAUGAGAAUGAAUUGGCUGUACUGUAUUGUGCCAGCCUUAUGGCAGACUGGUGACCUGUCCAGGUGUUCACCACCACUGUGACCAUGGAUGCACUCCAGCAGGCAGGUAAACCUGUAUAGAUAAUGGAUUGAAGAAUGUUACAGAUAUCAUGAUAUAUAUAUGGACCCCUAAUCUGCCUCUUUGGCAUGUAUAGAGGCAGAUUAGGGGUCCAAGGUUCUUCACUGACAAUGAAUCCUCUUUUUGAGCACAAGUAUCUUGUGUUUAAAUUAAAUAAAGACCUUAAGAUCAGUGUCACUGUCAAUAUAUUUGGUCUAAUUGGUCAGGGGAUAAUCACAUCCAGGUACGGACCAUCAGCACUGGACCCCCCAGGGAUGUGUGGUCUCGCCCCAGUUCUUCUCCGUCUGUACUAAUGACUGCACCUCAAGAGACCCAAUAAACUCUUGUAUUUUAUAAACAAUACAACAGUCAUUGGCCUCAUCCAAGACAGUGAAGAAUGUGCACACACAUGGGAGGUCGAACAGAGGGUCCUGGUACAGUCACCACCUGGAGCUGCACACGCCCAAAACUGGAUAUUUUGGACUUCAGGAGAAGCCCCUCAACACUGCCCCCUAUCAGCAUCCUCAAUAACACUGUUUCCAAUGUGGAAACCUUCAGGUUUCUGGAAUCCACUAUCUCCAAGGACCUAAGGUGGUCUUCAAACAUAGGCUCAAUCAUCAGGAAGGCACAACAUAGGAUGUACUUCCUACAUCAGCUCAGGAAGUUCAACCUGCCUCAACAACUGCCCACCCAGUUGUACUCAGGAAUAAUCCAACCUGUUCCAUGCACAUCCAUCAUCGUCUGCUUUGGGUCUACCACCAAACAGGACAAGAACAGACUGCAAUGGACUAGAAGGACUGCUGAGUAAAUCAGUGCUGCCAGCCUGCCCUCAAUUCAGGAGUUCUACACCUCCAGACUGAGGAAACAGGCAGGAGGCAUCACUGCAGCCCCUCACAUCCUGGACACAACCAGUUCCAACUUCUCCCCUCUGGGGGGUGCUACAGAUCACUGAACACCAAAACAACCAGACAGUCUCAAGUGUUAUCGCCACAUCAUUGUAUAUAUUGUUUAUUUUACAUUUUUGUAUUUCUUAUUGUUCAGUCUUUUUUUGUGUCCUUGUUGAACUUUGUGUUUUUGUAUGCAAAUAUAAUGAUUGCAAUGUUUAAUCCGGAGUCACAUUCUUGGUGCACACAUACUUCGCGAUCAUCA